CCGACGAAGAAGAAGGAACCGGAAGUGGCGUCACGGAGGGUUGUUGACAGACCCAGCUAGCUAGCUAUUGCUAGGUGGCAUGACAUUUUACUGAGAAUUUACGAAUUCUUUCACAUAUAAUGAGUUCUCCAGAGGACAGACAUGGGACAAAACGACCCGCAUCUCCAAGUGAAGACGGGUCUACUCAGUGGGCAUCAGCUGAUCUGGGGAGCAACGAGAGGAAGCAGAAGUUUUUACGUUUGAUGGGCGCCGGCAAGAAAGAACAUACUGGACGCCUCGUCAUCGGCGACCACAAGUCGACAUCCCACUUCCGCAGUGGGCAGGAAGACAGGAAGAUUAACGAGCAGCUGGAGAUGCAGUACCAGCAGGGCAUGGACGGGAAGCUGUCAGGCAGGAACCGGAGACACUGUGGCCUGGGUUUCAGUGAGCCAGAGCCAGAUCCCUCUCCACCACUGGAGAGCCAGACGAAAGCAACUGAGCCAGAGAAGUCCACCAGUGAAGAAGAGCCCACAGACGCCCAGGACAAAGAAGAACACACCGAUGAACAGACCUCAGCUCAGGCCAAGCCCAGCUCAGACAGUCAGAAUGAAGAACGGAAACACGGAUACAAAAUGGCUUUUGUGAAGUCCGCGUAGGGCAGAGGGGGUGGGCAGGGAGGAAUUAGUUUUUGUAAUCUCAAAUUUGUACAUUUUGACAUCAUUUGUUUACCUAUAGGUAAGACCCCACAUCAUUGCAGUCCUUUUUACUGUGUAGAAAUGGGUUUUCAACACUUCCUCGGGCUACGUCCUGGUGUACAUGUUGUCAAAGAAUCAAGUCUGCUUUUGGUUGUGUGGUGUUACAUUACGUUAAGAUGGCAAACGGUCCAGUUUUUAUUUUGUUUGAACAUUUUAACAGUCACUGCAUUUGCCUUGAAUUGUGUUUAAUGAAGCAGGAUUGCUUGCCAUUCCGCAUGAUUGGUACACAUUGUGGAUUUUGUGAUUUCUUGAUGGAAAACCAAUAAAAGGAAGUGUCACAGUUGUAA